CAAACCAACCCAUAGGAAAUUGUGGGAUACUUCUCCCUCUAUUUCUCUGCAUGUAUGUGUGUAUAAAUGUGCUCAAAUAACACACACUUUGUGGGAUAAGUCUAGGCAAAACAAACACCUCGCAAAAUACUCCAUAAUUUCACAAGUUUCAUUCCAGAAAUUUUUUGAGAAGAUAAAGGAAAAACAGUUAAAAAAAAAAAAAGUCUAGAGAGAGAAACAGGUGAUUUAUGAUGGCCGGCUUGAUGAGAUCUGAAGUUUCAUUUAGGAGACAAGGAUCUUCAGGAUUGGUUUGGGACGAUAAGUUCUUAUCCGGUGAAUUGAACAAAGUGGCAAAUCAAAGAGAAGAUAGCCAUCAAGUUGAAGAAAAGAAUUAUGCCGGAAUAACGAUAAAGAGAAGCCGAUCCAACAGCGGAGGAAGGGGAUUCCACACCGGAAGGGUGUCUCCGGCGAUAGAGCCGCCGUCUCCUAAGGUUUCUGCUUGUGGGUUUUGCAGUGCUUUUAGUAAACAAGACAAAACUCGCCGGCGACUACCCAAGUCAGGUAAGCGUAAGAUGUGACGCAGUAACAGUUGGUCUUGCGGCGGCCGGAGGUGGAAGUUUCCGUUGGGGUUGUUACAUUUUCAUCUCAAUAAAUGUGAGGUGCAUGAAUUUUUCAAACUUAAAAUAAAAAUUUAUGUCUUUUUUUCUCUCGUUUUUUAUUCAUUUCAAUCUAAAUUUCGUGCGUGUGCAAUUAGUUCAUCUCUAGUAUUGAAGAUGGAAAGCGAAGGGAAAGGAAAUCCAUCUUCGUUUUUGACUUGCAAUAAAGAUAGGAUUCUAAUCCAACAUUUGUUAACGCUUAUACUUUCAUACUUUGUUUCUUGAUAUUCUUAUCUUAGGUCUUUAAUAAAUUAUUGACCAUUGUCCUA